GGGGAGUAGGUUGGAAGAGUUCCCCUGCCCCGGACUUCUUGUUUUCUCCAAGUGACACACUGAGCCGGCACUCACUUCUUUUCUUUUUCCGAAUUUGAACCACCGUUUCGGUCGUCUCGCAAUCGACACGCGAAGCCCCGGGCGAUGGACCCGUUUACCGAGAAACUGCUUGAACGAACCCGUGCCAGACGCGAGAAUCUUCAGAGGAAAAUGGCUGAGCGGCCCACCCCAGCAGCAAGGUCUGCGACUCAAGCCAAGCGAGUCAGGGAGCCGCUUUCAGAAGCAAGUAACCAGCAGCCCCUGUCUGGUGGUGAAGAGAAAUCUUGCACAAAACCAUCACCAUCAAAAAAACGCUGUUCUGACAACACUGAAGUAGAAGUUUCCAACUUGGAAAAUGAAAAACCGGUUGAGUCAGCUUCUGCAAAACCUUGUUCUCCGAGUCCUAUGUCUCCUCAGGCGCAGCCACAAGCGCCACAAGUGCCAGCUGGUGUCAGUGAUUCCGUGGCCGCCCCGGCAUCGCUGCUGGGAGUGAGGAGAGGGCUAAACUCAAGAUUGGAAGGAACUGCAGCCUCCUCAGUCAAAACACGAAUGCAAAAGCUGGCUGAGCAGCGGCGUCACUGGGAUAAUGAUGACGUGACAGAUGAUCUACACGAAAGCUCACCCAUCUCAGCAAUGCCGUCAGAGGCUACCUCCCCUCCCAAACCAUCCCUUUCAGAUGCCUCAGCAACUCCAGUUGGCAGAAAGGGCCGUCUAGCCAACCUUGCUGCAACUAUUUGCUCCUGGGAAGAUGAUGUAAAAAACUCAUCUGCAAAGCAAAACAGUGUACAAGAACAGCCUGGUACCACUUGUUUAUCCAAAUUUUCCUCUGCAAGUGGAGCAUCUGCUAGGAUCAAUAGCAGCAGUGUUAAGCAGGAAGCUACAUGCUGUUCCCAAAGGGAUGGCGAUGCCUCUUUGAAUAAAGCCUCAUCCUCUAGCGCUGUGGGUGCAUCUUUGAUUAAUGUUGCAAUUUCCAGCUCUGGGAAAGCUACUUCUUCCCCAGUGAAAUCUUCUACUACAUCCAUCACCAGUGCUAAAAAUUGUGAGGUACAAAAUCCUGAACUACUUCAAAAAACCUCUGUUAGUCCUCUUAAAACAGUGUCAAAAUCAACUGAGAGGUCAACUGUAUCCCGGACAGUUCGGCCCAAGGAAGAAUUAAACAGAGAAAUUUGUCUGCAAUCUCAACCUAAGGACAAAUCUACAACACCAGGAGGAGCAGGAAUUAAGCCUUUCCUGGAACGCUUUGGAGAGCGUUGUCAAGAGCACAGCAAAGAAAGUCCAGCUCGUAGCACACCCCAUAGAACUCCCAUUAUCACUCCAAAUACAAAGGCCAUACAAGAAAGAUUAUUCAAGCAAAACGCGUCUUCGUCUACUACUCAUUUAGCACAACAGCUCAAGCAGGAACGUCAAAAAGAACUAGCAUGUCUUCGUGGCCGAUUUGACAAGGGCAGUUUAUGGAGUGCAGAAAAAGGCGAAAACUCAAGAAGCAAACAACUAGAAACCAAACAGGAAAUUCACUGUCAGAACACUCCCCUCAGAAAACAAGUUGGUCCAAAUACCCCAUCACUUCCAGUAACAGAAAAGGUUGCAGAAAAUCAGACACCAGCAAAACCUUCUAGUAUAGAACCUACGGGUUUUACUGAAUGUGAAAUGACGAAGUCUAGCCCUUUGAAAAUAACAUUGUUUUUAGAAGAGGAAAAGUCCUUAAAAGUAACAUCAGACCCAAAGGUUGAACAGCUGACUGAGGUGGUACGUGAAAUUGAGAUGAGUGUGGAUGAUGAUGAUGAUAUCAAUAGUUCAAAAGUAAUUAAUGACAUCUUCAGUGAUGUCCUAGAGGAAGGUGAACUAGAUGUGGAAAAGAGCCAGGAGGAGAUGGAUCACGCAGAUGCAGAAAGCAGCGAAGAACAGGAAGAUGCACUGAAUAUCUCCUCAAUGUCUUUACUUGCUCCAUUAGCACAGACAGUUGGUGUGGUAAGUCCAGAGAAUUUAGUUUCUUCGCCUAGAUGGGAAUUGAAAGACACCAGCAUAAGUGAUGAAAGUCCAAAGCCAGGAAAAUUCCAAAGAACUCGUGUCCCUCGAGCUGAGUCUGGUGAUAGUAUGGGUUCUGAAGAUCAUGAUCUUCCUUAUAGCAUUGAUGCAUAUAGAUCUCAAAGAGUCAAAGAAACAGACCGUCCUUCAAUAAAGCAGGUGAUUGUUCGGAAGGAAGAUGUUACUUCAAAGUUGAAUGAAAAAAAGAAUGGCUUUCCUUGUCAGGUUAACGUCAAACAGAAAAUGCAGGAACUCAAUAAUGAAAUAAAUUUGCAGCAGACAGUGAUCUAUCAGGCUAGCCAGGCUCUUAACUGUUGUGUUGAUGAAGAGCAUGGAAAAGGGUCGCUGGAAGAAGCUGAAGCAGAAAGACUUCUUCUAAUUGCAACUGAGAAGAGAACACUUUUGAUUGAUGAGUUGAAUAAAUUGAAGAAUGAAGGGCCUCAGAGGAAGAAUAAGGCUGGUCCCAUAUCCCAAAGUGAAUUUGUCCCUUCCAAAGGAUCAAUUACUUUGUCAGAAAUCCGCUUGCCUCUAAAAGCAGAUUUUGUCUGCAGUACAGUUCAGAAACCAGAUGCAGCAAAUUACUAUUUCUUAAUUAUACUAAAAGCAGGAGCUGAAAAUAUGGUAGCCACACCAUUAGCAAGUACCUCAAAUUCUCUUAAUGGCGAUGCUCUAACAUUCACUACUACAUUUACUUUGCGGGAUGUGUCCAAUGACUUUGAAAUAAAUAUUGAAGUUUACAGCUUGGUACAAAAGAAAGAUCCCUCAGGCCCUGAUAAGAAGAAAAAAGCAUACAAGUCAAAGGCUAUUACUCCUAAGCGACUUCUCACAUCUGUAACCACAAAAAGCACCCUUCAUUCUUCAGUUAUGGCCAGUCUUAAUGCUGUGCGUACCAGCAACUUUGCCCUUGUUGGAUCUUACACGCUGUCAUUGUCUUCAGUAGGAAAUACAAAAUUUGCUCUGGACAAGGUACCCUUUCUAUGUCCUUUGGAAGGUCAUAUUUACUUAAAAAUAAAGUGUCAAGUGAAUUCAAGUGUUGAAGAGAGAGGUUUUCUAACCAUAUUUGAAGAUGUCAGUGGUUUUGGUGCCUGGCAUCGAAGAUGGUGUGUUCUUUCUGGAAACUGUAUCUCUUAUUGGACUUAUCCAGAUGAUGAGAAACGAAAGAAUCCCAUAGGAAGAUUAAAUUUGGCCAAUUGUACCAGUCGGCAGAUAGAACCAGCCAACAGAGAAUUUUGUGCAAGACGCAACACUUUUGAAUUAAUUACUGUCCGACCACAAAGAGAAGAUGACCGAGAGACUCUGGUCAGCCAAUGCAGGGACACACUCUGUGUCACCAAGAACUGGCUGUCUGCAGAUACAAAGGAAGAGCGGGAUCUCUGGAUGCAAAAACUCAAUCAAGUUCUUGUUGAUAUUCGCCUCUGGCAACCUGAUGCUUGCUAUAAACCUAUUGGAAAGCCUUAAACUGUGGGACAUUUCCAAGUCAUAUAGAGGUUUUCUGACUUAUGUCAUAAAUGUUUCUUAAGAG